AUGGAAGUUCCAGAUGCCGCCAACGUACGCAUCAUAACAACACUAGGACACGUCGAUCAUGGAAAGACGACGCUCAUGGAUGCACUCCUCGCUGCGAACAACAUCAUCUCUCCUCGAAUGGCAGGCAAGAUGCGAUAUCUCGAUAGUCGGGAGGAUGAGCAAGAACGUGGGAUUACGAUGGAGAGCAGCGCCGUGUCGCUGAAGUUCCAGGUCGUUGAGCGGGCUCCUGACGGAGGACACGUUGAUUUCUCUAGCGAGGUGUCGACUGCUUCAAGAUUGUGUGAUGGAGCUUUGGUCCUAGUAGACGUCGUGGAAGGGGUAUGCACUCAGACUAUUGCGGUACUUCGGCAAGCGUGGUAUGACCACCUGCGACCCAUACUCGUUAUCAACAAAUUCGAUCGCCUAAUAACGGAGCUCAGGCUCGCUCCGGUCGAGGCUUACCACCAUCUCGCUCGCCUCAUUGAACAAGUCAACGCCGUUAUGGGAAGCUUCUUUGCUUCAGAGCGCAUGGAAGACGAUCAGCGAUGGCAUGAAGAACGCGAACGACGCCUGGCAGCAAAGAAAGAGGCGCAUGCAGAUGAAACCGAUGCUGCCGUUAAUGAGGCCGAGGAAUUCCAGGAGAAAGACGAUGACGACAUUUACUUCGCUCCGGAGAAAGGAAACGUCAUUUUUGCCUCAGCGAUCGAUGGUUGGGGAUUCCGCGUCGGAAAGUUCGCUCAACUAUAUGCACAGAAACUCAAAAUCAAGGAAGCCAACCUCCGCAGGGUGCUAUGGGGCGACUUUUUCCUGGAUCCGAAAACCAAGAGAGUAAUCAGUUAUAAGCAUCUUCGCGGACGCGCCUUGAAGCCUCUAUUCGUUCAAUUUGUGUUGGAAAACAUCUGGGCUGUCUAUGAUGCCGUUGUCAUGAACUCGAAUCCAGAUAAAGUCGUCAAGAUCGUCUCGACACUUGAUCUCAAAAUUCCUCCGAGGGACCUGAAGUCGAAGGACACCAGAUAUCUACUCUCAUUGAUAUUCACUCAAUGGCUUUCGCUUUCCACAAGCAUUAUCCAAACUAUAAUUGACAUAGUGCCAACGCCAUCUGCAGCCCAGGCAAUUCGAGUCCCUCGGAUGCUUUAUCCAGAUAUCUUUGACGCCGUGGUAGAGCCCAAGAAUGAGCUUGAGGAAGAUCUUUACGGUUCUAAGUCGGGCCCAGCUGCUUGCGUCGUCGCCUAUGUCAGCAAGAUGUUUGCGAUAACAGCGAAAUACUUGCCAGAAAACAAGAAGAAGGCUCUCACUGCGGAUGAAAUAAGAGCCAAGGCCCGCGAGGCUCGCGCUGCCAGACAGGCUGAGGGGGGUCCUGAACCACCCCCUGCGUCCAAUGGCCUCGAGUACAACCCCGAUGCCCAAUCCCAAGAAAGACCUGAAGAACUUCAGAACACGGACGUUGAGGUAGUGUUGGGCUUCGCACGACUCUAUUCUGGCACCAUCCGUGUAGGCACCAGCAUCCACGCAGUCCUUCCCAAGUACAGCGUGGAACUGGGCCCCAAGCAUCCUAGUAAUGCGAAAUACCUUCUUGAGGCGAACGUCGAGGCAUUGUACAUCAUGAUGGGACGUGAGCUCGUGCCAGUACCGCAGGUUCAUGCGGGAAACAUUUUUGCUAUCAAGGGAUUAGAAUCCAAAGUGUACAGAAGUGCCACCCUCUGUAGUCCCACAGAAUCAGGCCUCGGUGAUGGUGCAGUCCUAGAGUCUCAGAAGAAUUACCUUGUCAACCUUGGCGCAAUAAAUCGCGCAGCAGCUCCAAUUGUGCGUGUAGCCCUGGAGCCGGUCUUGCCCGCAGAUAUGCCGAAGUUGGUCAAUGGCCUAAAACUUUUGUGUCAAGCAGACCCCUGCGUAGAGAGCUUUCAGCAACAAACCGGAGAACAUGUCAUUCUGACCGCUGGAGAACUUCACCUAGAGCGCUGCUUGAAAGAUCUGCGAGAACGGUUUGCUAAAGUCGAGAUACAAGCAUCGAAACCUAUUGUCCCUUUCCGUGAGACGGCAGUCAAGGCACCAGAUAUGGCCCCGACGAAAACAUCCAAUGCACCUCGAGGGACGAUCAAGGGUGUUAGUUCCCAGCAAGUGAUCUCCUUCUCCAUCCAGGCUCGACUACUUCCCUCGUCGCUCUUGGACUUCAUUCUUCAGAAUAUUGUCAUCCUGAAGGCACUGCAACAUGCUGGGAUACAUCAACAAGCACAAGAGUCAGAGGAGGCAGAGCAGGGUAUUGAUGAUUAUGGAGACGUCGUUCGAAAACCUACUGUAACUCCUGAUCAAUUCUGGAGCGCCCUGGCAGAGAAAUGCAAAGAAGCAGGGCCCGAUUGGGAAGAUAUCGUGGAUAGGAUCUGGGCCUUUGGACCACAGAAAGCUGGUGGGUGUUUACUCGUCGAUGGGAGGGCGCCAAAUACCGCGUCCCUGAGGGCUCGCCUCCAACACAUCAGAGCUGAAGAAGAUAUUGCUGGGAUAGACAGAGUUGUUCGAGACUUCGAUAAUCACAUUGAAACUGGAUUUCAGCUUGCGACCUUCCAAGGGCCUUUAUGUGGGGAGCCAGUACAAGGUAUGGCUUUCAUCGUCGAACAGGUGGAUGUCGACAGAGAGGCUCUGGAAAAAGAAAUUGAGCAAAACCGCAUGUCACAAAUAGCAGGAUCUAUCAUUUCUGGUGUGAGGGAUGCAUGCCGGAAUGGACUUCUAGACUGGUCGCCGCGGUUGAUGCUCGCGAUGUACUCCUGCGAGAUCCAGGCUUCGACCGAUGUUCUUGGAAAAGUGUAUGGAGUAGUAGCAAAGCGCCGGGGUCGGAUUGUGGCGGAGGAGAUGAAGGAAGGGACCUCAUUUUUCAACGUUUCCGCUCUCUUGCCCGUCGUGGAGAGCUUCGGAUUUGCUGAUGAUAUCCGGACAAGGACCUCUGGGGCCGCAAGCCCGCAGCUCAUCUUCAGCGGGUAUGAGCUUCUCGACUUGGAUCCGUUUUGGGUGCCCAAGACAGAAGAGGAGCUGGAAGAUUUAGGGGAAAAGGCAGAUCGUUCCAACAUUGCAAAAGGUUGA